AUGGCUUCGACUAUCCUCUUGAUUCUAACAAUUUUUAUUAGUUCCAUAACUUCUGGAGCUACAUCUCGUGGUGGCCUUUUUGAAACUUCUGCCGUGGAGAAACAUGAGCAAUGGAUGGCUCGAUUUCAUCGUGUUUACUCCGAUGAACCCGAAAAAAGAAAUAGGUUUCACAUCUUCAAGAAGAAUUUGGAGUUUGUCCAGCGCUUCAACAUGAAUAAGAACUCAACGUUUAUGUUGGAUGUCAACGAGUUCUCUGAUCUGACUGACGAAGAAUUUCGGGCCACACACACAGGACUAGUUGUGCCAGAAGGUAUAAACAAAAUUUCAACAUUGGAGUCAAGACUAGUUGUGCCAUUUAGAUAUGAAAAUGUUAGUGAUACCAGCGAGAGCUUGGAUUGGAGACAAGAAGGGGCCGUUACACCCGUUAGGUAUCAAGGCACAUGCGGAGGAUGUUGGGCGUUUUCCGCUGUGGCUGCCGUGGAAGGCAUUACAAAGAUUGCUAAAGGCAAGCUUGUAACGUUAUCAGAGCAACAACUCUUAGACUGUGCCACAGACUACAAUCAAGGAUGUGUCGGAGGAAUAAUGUCGAAAGCUUUCGAGUACAUAAUCAGAAACCAAGGCAUCACCACAGAGGAUAACUAUCCAUACCAAGCAUCACAACAAACUUGUCAUCCGACCACACAAUCAUUGGCUUUCCCGGCUGCUACGAUCAGUGGAUACGAGACCGUUCCGAUGAAUAACGAAGAAGCUUUGCUAAAGGCGGUUUCUCAACAACCUGUUUCCGUGGGGAUAGAAGGGACCGGAGCUGCGUUUAGGCACUACUCGGGCGGGAUAUUUGAUGGAGAGUGUGGGACGGAUUUGCAUCACGCGGUCACGAUUGUUGGUUAUGGAAUGAGUGUAGAAGGGACUAAGUAUUGGGUGGUGAAGAAUUCAUGGGGGCAAACGUGGGGAGAAAAUGGUUACAUGAGGAUCAAGAGAGACGUCGUUGAUGCACCACAAGGAAUGUGUGGUUUGGCCAUGCUUGCUUUCUAUCCACUUGCUUGA